AUGAAUCCCACCGAAGAGGCUUCUAAAAACCUGAUCCAUGCGCAUGAAGAAGAGGAUGACGACUUCGAUUUUCAGGUUGAUACAGAGAUAGAAGCAGAAGAAGAUCAAGCCAAGGCCGAUUUUGAGCAGGAUCUUGAAGAAGCACGGAAAUUAUCCAUGCAUCUACUAAGCGCUGAUUUGAAGGAAGAAGAGAAGAAGAAUCAGAGAGCACAAUUUGUCAAUAGGAGGCGGGCCGAAUGGAGUGAGAAGAAAGAUGAGGAAAAGAGAAACUUCCUCCAUUACCUGGCAGAAUACAACUACAGAAAUCACAAGCCAGCUAUCAACCUGCAGUGGGUGAUGGUGCUGGCUGUUCGAAGACUGCCUGCAGCUUUGGUAUGGUCGCCGGAUGACAAGGGUCGUGUUCCUCUGACCACCGCGCUGCUGAAGGUCAAUAUAUUCUUCUAUUACUCAGUAUGCCUGAGAAUUAGAGAGAGAACAUUGGAAGAUUACAAAGCACUAAUGUUGAAGAAGUACGAGAAUUGGGAUGGCGGCAGUGAGACGACAUACUUGCAUGCUGCUGCUACAUGCAUCGCUGAUGAUGGAGAGAACCGACAAGAUGCCUUUAGUAACGUGUGUCGGUUUUCACCUCGACGGCUGUUUUUUGUGAGGGAUAGCAAAGGCCGCACGCCUCUUCAUCGGGCUGUCGAGUAUGAGUGUUGUUGCAAGAGCCAAGUGGGCGUGGUCAGCGAGCUUCUACGCGCAUGCGGCGGUCUUUUAGACACACCAAUACAGGACCCAGAAGACGCCAGCCGGACUAUAUCUGUUUAUCAGUAUCACCACUAUACUCGGAAGAAGGCGUUGGAGAGCCGGCACAGAGAUGCUCAGGACAAGGCCAGCCAGCAACUCAAACCAGGCCCCGCCAAAAAGAUUGAUCCAGGGCAAGAGAAGGGAAUAGACCCAAAAAAGGAUUCAAAGAGAGUAUCAACGAGACCAGAAAAAUCCGGUGCAGAAAGGUCGAGUAUGGGUCCGCCACCGCCUAGAGACAAGGGAGACUCAGUUUCGAAGCGCAGAGGUUCAAUCGCUUUGACACCGCAAGGCAUCACUACUCCUCUUCAAUCUCCAAGCCUGGUACCACUCAAUCGUGUCAAGACUGAAGCAGUUCAAAAGAUUACUCGGCCAGCUGUGGCUGAUAAGCUUGUUAACAAGGAGAAAGAGACGCAAGAGGCAGCAAACAAGAUCAGCAGCCUACUGAAACUUGAGACCUUGCGUAAACAAAGUCCAGAAAAGGCAGCUGAGAGUUUGAGGCUGCAGGGUGAGCUAGCCAAAGAGUUCUGGUUUGACUUUGGGCCGCCCAACACUCUCAGCGAGAAUGACUUCAAGAAGCAUUUCGGCCAUUUGAAGUUCGACACAGCACUGCAGUACGUGGGGUUUCCACAACUUCGACUAAAGGGCAGCAGAGAACAGCCAGAUGUGAGGUAUCAAGGGAGGAAUGAUAUGGUAUUCUUCUUUAACUGGUUGCGGGCAAAACCAGUAACUAGAAUCAUCAAAGUUGUUGUUGAAGAUAUGGAAAAGCCUUCGCACAGUGAUGAGGCGAUUGAGGAGUGUCUGAAGGAUCUGGGUGUCGAAAUUCUCGACUGGAGGCGCCUGGAUCUCGAUGCACUCACCCUUCGCAAGAUUGGGACUCAUCUACGUGAGAUUCACCUUCAAUGGAGUGGCAGCAACUCAACUCUCAGAGCAUGGUCUGAGAAGGAGGGUCUAGCCAUGAUAUCGACACUUGAAGUUAUUUAUCUGUCCCAAGAUGAGGCAUGUACAUCAGCGAUUCAAACGUCGGAGAACAUCAAAGCAUUUGAAGAAAGAUUACGCCAGUCUUGGCCUCAGGGGAAACAUCCGCCUAAAGUAAUCCCGCCCAAAACUGGAGGCGGUCGACGGGUGACCCAGCCUCAAGUCCUUGACACCAAGCCUCAGCCCCUAGAGCGAUCAAUCGAUCCACAGAAGUGGAUGAAGUGCAUGGAGGACUUCGCCAGACGUUUCAGGCAGAUCAAAGCUCUCAGGGACACCAACCCAUCUCUGAAGCCAGUAGAAGUCGCCCUGAUAGACGAUGGCGUCGAUUUCAUGCACCCUGAUCUCAACGACACUAGGGAUCGUACCUUUUUGGGCAAAAGCUUUGACUACCGUGAUGAGCAUCCAACACCACGUGUUCCGCCGUACUGGAGCUCACCUUCAGGGCACGGGACACUGAUGGCCAGACUGAUUCACAAGAUUUGCCCCAGCGCCGUAAUACAUGUCAUCAAGCUUCAGACAUUCCGGGCGGGGAACUCGGACAAACUUCAAAUCAGAGCGGAUAGCGCAGUAAAGGCUAUUGAUUACGCCGCAGAGAGAGGGUCUCGAAUCAUCUGCAUGUCGUGGACUAUCAAACCGCCAGAAGGAGAGCUGAAAAGCGAGUUCAAUAGGGCAAUCCUCAACGCCAUCGACAGACAUAACAUCCUCAUAUUCUGUGCCGCCAGCGACCAAGGACAGUCAACGGACCUCAGUUACCCGCACGGAAGCAGCAAUCAAUGCUUCAGAAUCGGCGCGGCCAAGGCAACCGGAAACAUGCUCGAGACAGUCGGCGAUUCCCACAACAUAGACUUUAUUCUCCCCGGCCACGAAGUUGUCGUCGACACCAACGAAAUGAAGACUCAGCUGGAGAAGUUCGAAGCCCACUCGGGUAGCUCUGUGGCCAACGGCUUAGCCACAGGACUAGCUGCUCUUGUUAUCGAGUGUGUGAGGCUAGGUGCCAUCUACACCAGAGAGCUGAAGCGGCUUGACCCCAAGAUUGCCGUCGACUACAAUCAUAGCUCUAUCGACGAGCAGGAUUUGAAGAAAAUACAGGAGCGCGCGCAGAUGGCAUAUGCGCUGAACGUGAUAGGCACUGAUUCGAAUACGAAUAACAAAUACAUCGAGGUUUGGAAGACGUUUAGUGGACUUUCGGAAAAGCUGUCGCGAAGUGAGGGUGCUCCGCUACAACAGUUGGAACAAGUCGCGGAGCAAGCUGCAUUCUUCCUGCGGAGCCCCUAG